UUCAAAAUAAUUUGAAAGGGAAUCAGUGUUAUUGCUUAUACUAAUGGAGUACAGAGUUUGAAUGGUUUCACAAGACGUAUAAGUUAUAACAAGUUAAGAUCAUCCUGAUUCAUAAGUCAGUGUAUGUAUAUAUGUGCGGGUUGUUUAACGUAAAUCUGGUACCGCUUAGUAAAAAAAUUAUAUUUAGAUUUUAAAUUAAUCUGAGUUUAAGGUAUGACAUUUAGUCAGUUAUGGCUAUUGUUUGCCUCCGGGCACCAUUUUUGUUCCUACCUCAAAUCCAACUUUGAACCAUUUCCUGUUGUAUGACUGUCAAGGGCUCUUCGAACCUCGUUGGUGUUUAAUGAAAGUUGGGAUGCUUUUGUAAAAAAGAAAAUCUGAUGAGCAAAACUUAGGUCAUAAUUCUCUAAAUUGUAUACCAUACAAUCAAUUUAAUUUGAGACAAUAAUGGUUAUGUUCGUCAAAAUACAUCCAACAUACUAUAUGCACCAUCUUUUUUUGCUUAGGGUUUGGAAAAUUAUGACCUAAAGUUUACUAAUUAAGAGUUAAGAUAUAGUGUCGAUAACACCAAAUAUUGGUAUUGUUUACUUUCUUAGAUCUUCGUGUUUUCAUGUUCAUUUGUGCAUUAAAGAGUGUUCAAACCCACAUUAUAGCCUAUUAUUGCUUCUUAAAAUAUGCAUGGUUGUUACUAGGUGAAGAUGUGUGCGUUUAAGGCAUAUGAUCAUAAAUAUCAAGGAUCAAUUGUAAGCAAAUUGGGGCAACAGAGAUCGUGCGCAAAAAGAAGCAAAUCACGACCAUGAACAGCCAGCCGUGAACUCGAGAUCACGUAACACGCAAAAGGUCACGACCGGGAUCCUUGGUCCCUCGAUCGUGAACUUCGGGAGGCUAGCACAUAGAAGAACAAAAGGUAUCGCGGCCUCACUCAUAGGCCUUCGGCCCCGAGACAGCAAGAAAGAUCAUGGUCGGAAUCUCUGGUUUGCGAACGCCCUUCGUGAACAGGGAAAACCGACGCCGCAUUGAUAUCACGACAGUCUUGGAGUUCACGACCGUGAACUUUCCUGCAAGGGUCGUGAACUUCUCCAGAUUUUCAAUCUCUAUAAAUAGUUGGAGAGAUAGAUUUUCUAUAUAGAUUUUAGAGAAAGAGAGAGGAUAGAGUGAGAAGUUAGGAUUUCUCCCUUAAAGAAGAAAUAGGAGUUUGAAGAAGAUGAGAGCUUGGAGAAGAAGAUUCCAACAACAAUGAGACUCCUCUUCAUGAUUUUCCUUUCCUUAUUUUGUGUUCUUCUUCCCCCUUCAUGGGGUAUUAAUUUAAGUUACUUGGGGCUAAUCCUCUAAAUACUAAACUAGUAUAUUGCUUUUAUAUAAUCUAUGGUGCAUUUGAGUUCAAUUAGCAUUUCUAAUGCUUUAUUACAUUAUUUAUGUGUAUACAUGUGAAUGUUGUUUGCAUGUUGUAUGUCUUCUGAUGAUGAUUUUGGGGUUUGACCUAGGUUGAGGUGAUCAUUCUCAUAGGUUGAGUGGAGACUUACCUAAUUGAUUCUUCUUGGGUGUCUACAUGAUCAUUGUUUCACUUGAGUUGUGUGCCUAAGGGUUAAAAUCAUUUAAAGAGGGUAAGAGUUAUCACUAUAUUAGCCAAGGAAAACCAAUUAUAUGAUCAUUGAGCAGGUAUAUGCAUGGUUAGGAGGGGAGUUGGAAGACAUUAACAUUAUACGAAUGGCCAUAUUAGCGACCCUUACGCCUAAAUUUCCAUAGAAAUGUAUGCUAAUCGUUGCAUAUCAUUACUCGUAUGUUAGGGUGAGGAAGACGAACCGUGAAAAUCAUCUUUCAUUUUGUGAAUCUCAUUUAGUUUAAUAUGUUUAAUUUAGCUACAACAAAAACCAUAACAAAGAUUGACUAGAUAACGAUAAAGCUAGAGUAAGCUAGGAAAUUAGGACCCAUGGAAUACGAUUACUUCGAUUACCAACUAUACUUCUACAGCAAUUAGGUUAUACUUAACCCUAAUUCGGGUGGUAAGAUAGAAGUGUUUGAGUUUAUAACUCCUGUUUUUGAGAGCGUCUGUGAACGCGCGCAAGUUUUUGACGUUGUUAACGGGAAACAGUAUCAGUAACUAGUUGAAUUGAUUGAAGUUGUUAAUUUACUCAUUUACUUUUUCGCAUUAUAGUUUUGUUUUAGAGUUUAUAGUCACUUAUUUUAUUUGCUACAAUACUGUGUUCUCCCGGAAUUUGCAAGUUUCUUGUGACAAGAGCCCCUCGUUACAGUAUAGGAGAGGACUAUACAACUUUAAUGACAAUGGCAGAACAAGAAGUUUGGAAUAGAGAAGGCCAACCUAAUCGAACUAUGGGUUACUACUCUUGUCCUAGGGAAACAGACCUUCAAUUUCUAUAUUCUGAAGUACAAUGUCAAGGGUUGAAGAUUAAUCGCAGUGUUGUAUUGAUUAUCAAAUCCAACAUACAAUUUCUGGGGUUGAAGGAUGAAAUUCCACAUAAACAUGUUGAGCAUUUUCUUGCCUUCACUAAUAGAAUCAACAUAUAAUUGGGGUGCCCCAUGAAGCGAUACACCUCCGGCUAUUCCCUUUUUCACUCGGAGGAACACGAUGGUGGCUCCUUCGUCAACCCCAUCAUACUAUAACUUCAUUGGCAUACUUCUGCAACAAGUUUCUCAGCCGAUAUUACCCACCCUCCAAAAUGGCUUGGUUACGGAAUGAGAUAUUUAGUUUCACUAACAAAGUGGAAAACCUUUAAAUGAAGCAUAAUUCAUUACUUCUCAAAUGCUUACAUCAUGGAUUCCAAGACCUAAAAUAGGUCAAUAUAUUCUCUAGUGACAUGAGAAGCGAAUGUAGGAAACAAAUAGCUAUGGCAGGAGAAGGUUCAAUGAGAAACAAGAAACCAGAAGAUGUGCAAAAAUUAUUGGAAGACAUGAGUGAAAAAUGGGCAUGAAUGGGAAGAUGAUUCGGUAAGUAAAGGAAAAUAUUCGAAUUGUGCAUGUCAUUAUGAUCUAUUCUCUUCAAUGGUUGAGAAGAUUUGCCACUUAAUCUAGAUAGUGGAGACUCUGAAAAUUUAUUCAAUGAUCUUAGAGUGGAGACAUAGGAGUUCACUUCCCCCCAACAAUCGAUUAGACAAUAUCUAGGUGUGGAAUGGAAUCAAUAUCUCUAUGAGUUGAGCCACAACCAAAAUUCGAUUUUCUUACAUACCAAAAUCAAUCGUACUUCACAUAUCACUCAACUAGAGGGAAUUUGAGGAUUAUCAUUCUUCUUAUAACAUGUUUGUCAUGAAUGCACACAAAAUUAGGUCACAUGUUAUCAAAUUUGUCAUAAGCAGGGAUGGCAAUUAUCCACCCAUGGGUAAUUUAUCCAAAUCUAAUUAAAAUCAUUGAUUAUGUGUAGGAUAUAGGUGAAGCAUAUAUGAGUUUGAGAUUUUGUAGAGGGGUUUGGGUAGAGUAUGGGUAUUGCUUCCAUACUCGAAAUGGUCAUUGGUUGGGUAUGGAUGUCCACUUCAGGUUAUUUUAACUACAUACAAAAAUUGGAACUAUUUGUAAAACUAAAAAAAGUUUAGGUAUCAAAACAUAAAACAAAACAUUUAGGUUCUAAAGUGUAAUUAGGUAUCAAAACAUAACACAAAAAAAUUAGGUUCUAAAGUGUAAUUUUCCUUGACAAUUUUAGUACUUGUAAGCAAAAAGAUUAAUUUUAGGCACAAUCUAAAGAUCUAUUAAGUUUAGUUAUCAAAUUGUAAUUUGCAUAUUGGAUGGGUACAAACCCAAAUUCAUGUUUUAAAAACCCAAGUCAAUCCAAAUAAAUGGGUAUGGGUAUAAACCCAUCAAACUCUACCAAUUUAACAUGUAUUUGGAUUUCAAAUUCAUCCCAAUUGGUUUGGAUAGUAAAAUACCCAUGAAUUUUGGUAAAAUUGGCAUCCCUAUUCAUAAGUAUCUGUUGACGACUAAUAUAGUCGUGCAUAAUUAUUUAGGUUGUGAAAGAAAAAUACUUGUUUCAUAUAUAUCCCAAAGGAAAUAACCAUAUAUGAGAAUAAAUGCAUGACUUUUGCCCAUCAAAUAAAAAAUGGAAAGGAGAAAAGGACAUUGGUCGACUAGUAGUCGAUCCAAAGAUAAGAGGAUUUGCUUGUCAAAAUAUGAUCAACCGUGUUAAACCUAGGAGGCACACAACUACAACGAAGUUAAAACCUAAACCUCUUUCAUAAUAGCUCCCCCAAUGCGUGCGGUGAAUCCUUCGUAUUGACCAUCUGAAUGAUCAACUAUGCAUUACCCACAAAACAUACAAUUAAAAAAUGAAUGUGACAAAUACCAAUGAAGAAUAUUCCGAAGAUCUAAAGUUGACACAUACACAAACUAAACAAUCCGAUGUGCUGAGAAUUCUACCCGAACCAGAUUUCAUUCAUAUAAAUAAUAUGUUUGGAGGCCAAUUCCCACUCGAUUUCUUAAAAAUAAAUUUUUGGUAAUAAAAUCGCCACUUGAUUAUUGUUAGGGAUGACAAUCAAACCCAUGACCGUGGGUACCUGAUUCGGGUCUAAAUGUACACAUUUUACCCAUUAUUUCUUGUCCGUUAUGCUUAGUUGAUCACCGUCCCUCGACCAAUUUUACGCUAGGUUGUGUUUGUUUUGGUACAUUUCAGGUCCUAGCAUGUAUAGGAAGGUCUGGGACGAGUUUCGGGUCAUUCGGAGGUCAAAAAGAGCCAAAAAGUGGAGGCUGAGCCCUGUCCAUGGGCUGGAGCUUCAGUUCAUGUAUCUAAGAUCAUGAACUGAAAGCCCAGACCGUGAAGUGACCAAUUUCCAGAACGGUUUGGAAGUUACUAGCAUCAAGUCAGCUCACGGUCUCUAAGACCGUGAACUGAAAGCCUAGACCGUGAAGUCGUCAGUUCACUGUCUAGGACUGUGAACUGAAGCACGCGGACGUGAACUGAAGCACCCGGUCGCGAACUAGGCCCUGUCGUGCAAAUUUAAAGACAGCAGCGGGGAGAGGGAAAGGGGUGCUGGUUUUUGGAGAGGGAUUCGAUUCUCUCUAGGGGUUCAAACCAAAACGGCAAAGGGGAGUUAUAGUAAGAGAGAGAGUGCUUGAGUGAUCUUGGAUUUUAAUUGGAGGCUUGGGUUGAUCUUGAAGACAAGGAUUCAAGCCUAGAAUAAAAAGAAGAAGAAGAUCUUGGGCUCCAAUUUGUAAUUCUCUCUUCUCUCUCUAGAAACUCGUCCUCUUCUCUUGGUUUAAGAACCCUAGGUCUAGAUUUGGGUUUAAUGUUGAGGUAUGUGACACAUUCCAUGUUUGAUUGAUGAUUUUACUUAAUUGAUGGAUGUUUUCUUGAAUGACAUGAGUUGGGUUUCCAUUCUAGAACGAGUCAAGUUUUUGCCACCGUUUUCGAGGAACCGUUCUAGCUUAUUUGAAAAAGGGUUAGGCCAUUACUUUAGCCAUUUUGUUUUUGUUUUGUGUUUCGUUUGUGUUUCGUUCACCAACUCUUCGCUUUGAAGGGUGGUUUGUGUUUAUUUGAUUUUCUUUUCGUGUUUUUGUAGUUGUAGGUUGAAUCAUGGAUCCCAAUUGCUUCCACAACAUGUGGGGGUAUCCACAACCACCCGAAUGGGGGUACCCUGGUGCUUCAUGGGACAACCAAGAGGAUGGAAGCCAAGGAACCGGGUUCUAUGAUCAACCUCUCUUCCAAGAACAAGAACCAUACCAAUGGGGAUAUGAAGAGGUUUCCCCAUAUAAAGAAGAUUUCCCUUCACAACCCGAGGAGAAAUCCAAGUUGGAGUUGGCCAUGAAAGCUUUCACGGGGCAUUCCUCAAGAUCAUUGGCCACUCCGGAACCGGAGCCAAAGAGUGAAUUGGAACUAAUGGUGGAGCGGUUUUCCCAAGGCACCGAUGAAGGGUGCUCAAACUUGGAUCUCCCACAACCCUAAGUGAAGUCUAAGUUGGAGCUUGCCAUGAAGAAAUUUUAAAGAACAAG